GUUGGACCUGGCUAGUACUGACUGGAUCCUCCUACCCAACAGGGAACAUCUGUGUCAUCAGCAUCUUUGGUAUUCAUCACAAUCCUUCAGUCUGGCCAGACCCUGAGGUCUAUGACCCCUUCCGCUUUGACCCAGAAAACNCACAGAAGAGGUCUCCUCUGGCUUUUAUUCCCUUUUCUGCUGGGCACAGGAACUGCAUAGGACAGACUUUCGCCAUGAGCGAGAUGAAGGUGGUGCUGGCGCUGACGCUGCUGCGCUUCCGUGUGCUGCCAGAUGACAAGGAGCCACGCCGGAAGCCAGAGCUGAUCCUGCGUGCAGAGGGCGGGCUGUGGCUGCGGGUGGAGCCGCUGAGCUCUUGCGCUCAGUGACCAGGAGGUCUACUACUGUCCCAGUCACUUUCCUCUGCCAAUCCCAGAAUUAGCGGAGUUUCACCAGAGCCAUCAGAGGGCGCUGCAGGACAACAGACACUGUCUGGCAGCCUGGCUGAGAAGAGACUGGGGCUGCUGAGUCCAAGGACCUUUCUGGGUGGCCCACAAUGUGGCCUGCAGACUGAUGAGUGUUGCACCCAAGCUCAAGAACCGCUGUUAUUCUUUUGGCGAUAGGGACGCACCAUAGAUGUCAGAGCAGGAGAGAUACAAGGUUUACUGGCAGAUUUGGGGCAGUUUUCUUUUUUCUUUUGUUUUUGAGACAGGGUCUCAGCUUUUAGUGGCUAUAGCAGGCUGGCCUUUAACUUGUAGCAAAUCUCUGGCCUAAGCACCCGAGUGGUGCAAUUGGAAAGUGGGCCACUGAAGGAAUGCUUAUUAGAAAUGAAGGACGGUUUCUCAGGAGAG